UAUUGUCUGAGGGAUAUCGCUUUAGGCACGGUGCUUAUGGUCAAAGAGGACAGUGUAGGUGAUUUUUUUGGGAAUAUUUUAUAUGUUGCCCGACUGUUUACAUGUAAGCCGAAUCCGCAGUGUCCAGAGGCUGUGGUUGGGCGGAUUGAUUUAUCCGUGCUGGGAAUCUGGUUCGGUGGGCCAUCUGGCUCUCAGUGUCCCAAUGGUGUCGGUAAGAGCAGAAAACGCAAAAGAGGGAGGGAAAAACCACUGUUAGGAGGGGUGUGGGGAUUGUAAGAAAGAUACAGGCAAUGGCUAUGCACACGCAAUGGGUGAUGCUGCUAAAUUAGACCCAGGAGUUUGUCUGUGCUGGGUUUGAAUCAGCAGAUCAUGUACAGACUCAGAAUGGUGUUGCUGGUAACUGUUAUCUAUUGCCACCUAUUACUGCUAGCUGAAAGCAGUACAGGAAGUAAACCAAAAUUCAUCAAGAUACCUACAGAUGAAAUUGGUGUUUCAGGCGGUGUAGCCUCUUUUGUAUGCCAAGCAACAGGAGACCCCAAACCUCAUGUAACAUGGAAUAAGAGGGGUAAAAAAGUCAACUCUCAGCGAUUUGAGACUAUAGAGUUUGAUGAGGGAGCUGGGGCAGUCCUACGGAUUCAGCCUCUUCGAACUCCACGAGAUGAGAAUGUAUAUGAAUGUGUUGCUCAGAAUGUACAUGGUGAAGAGGUUGUUAGUGCCAAGCUUACUGUACUUAGAGAAGAUCAGCUCCCUUCUGGCUUUCCAAACAUUGAUAUGGGGCCUCAGUUGAAGGUUGUUGAACGUACAAGAACAGCCACCAUGCUGUGUGCUGCAAGUGGGAACCCUGACCCUGAAAUAACUUGGUUUAAAGACUUUCUUCCUGUUGAUCCUGCCAGCAGUAAUGGGAGAAUAAAACAACUACGAUCAGAGACAUUUGAAAAUACUCCAAUUCGAGGUGCACUGCAGAUUGAGAACAGUGAGGAAACAGAUCAGGGGAAGUACGAAUGUGUCGCUACCAACAGUGCUGGAGUUCGCUAUUCAUCACCUGCUAAUCUUUACGUGAGAGAGCUACGAGAAGUUCGGCGUGUUGCUCCACGAUUUUCUAUCCUUCCCGUAAGCCAUGAGAUUAUGCCAGGUGGAAAUGUCAACAUUACAUGUGUUGCGGUGGGUUCACCUAUGCCAUAUGUAAAGUGGAUGGUGGGUGCUGAGGAACUAACACCAGAAGAUGACAUGCCAGUGGGGCGUAAUGUUUUGGAACUCACUAAUGUAAAGGAAUCUGCCAAUUAUACGUGUGUUGCAAUGUCCAGCCUUGGUGUCAUUGAAUCUGUAGCUCAGAUCACUGUAAAAUCUCUUCCUAAAGCACCUGGAACUCCAGUGGUAACAGAAACCACUGCUACUAGCAUCACAGUAACCUGGGACUCUGGAAACCCUGACCCCGUGUCUUAUUAUGUCAUAGAAUAUAAGUCCAAAAGCCAGGAUGGACCAUACCAGAUCAAAGAGGAUAUUACUACAACAAGAUACAGCAUUGGGGGACUUAGUCCCAACUCUGAAUAUGAAAUUUGGGUGUCAGCAGUUAACUCCAUUGGUCAGGGGCCCCCAAGUGAACCAGUAGUGACUCGAACUGGAGAGCAGGCACCUGCCAGUGCACCACGGAAUGUCCAAGCCCGAAUGCUGAGGUCCACUACCAUGAUAAUACAGUGGGAGGAGCCAGUUGAACCAAAUGGACAAAUUAGGGGUUAUCGAGUUUACUAUACUAUGGAGCCUGAUCAGCCAGUCAGCAAUUGGCUAAAAUAUAAUGUGGAUGAUAGCCUUCUUACCACUAUAGGAAGCUUACUUGAACAUGAGACCUACACAGUUCGAGUUUUAGCUUUUACCUCGGUUGGUGAUGGUCCUCUUUCUGAUCCCAUUCAAGUUAAAACCCAACAAGGAGUCCCAGGUCAACCUAUGAAUUUCCGAGCUGAAGCUAAAUCAGAGACCAGCAUUGUCCUUACUUGGAGCCCCCCACGUCAGGACAGCAUUGUAAAGUAUGAGCUUAGCUACAAAGAAACGGAGCGAGGCAAUGAGAUCAGGAAGACUUUUGAUCCAGCAACUUCAUACACAGUUGAGGGCUUGAAACCCAACACAGAAUAUUUAUUCCGCCUCUCUGCCCGUUCUUCACAUGGCCUUGGAGCCUGGACUUUGGAUAUAAAAGAAAGAACCAUGCAGUCCAAACCGACUGCCCCUCCUCGAAAUAUAAAGUGUGUCAGCACAAAGUCAACCACAAUACUGGUAAGUUGGCUACCACCUCCAGCUGAAAGUCAAAAUGGUGUUCUGGCUGGAUACAGUGUACGCUACUCUGCUUUGGAUUCUGAGGAUACCAAACCCAAAGAAGUGAAGGACAUCUCCCCACAAACCACCCAGAUCUUAUUGGAAGCCCUGGAGAAGUGGACAGUGUAUCAUAUUACAGUACUGGCACACACUGAGGUUGGACCUGGUCCUGAAAGCCCACCUGUUGAGAUACGAACUGAUGAAGAUGUGCCCAGUGCCCCACCACGUAAAGUAGAGGUGGAGGUACUCAACUCAACCGCUAUUAAAGUGUUCUGGCGUUCUCCAAUUCAAAAUCGGCAUCAUGGUCAAAUUCGUGGAUACCAAGUCCACUAUGUUAGAAUGGAAAAUGGAGAGGCAAGUGGAUUGACCUUGAUAAAAGAUGUUAUGUUAGCUGAUGCUCAGUGGGAUAUGGAUGAUACAGCUGAAUAUGAAAUGAUAAUAUCUGGUCUCCAACCAGAAACGUCUUAUUCCAUAACAGUUGCCGCUUACACCAUGAAAGGAGAUGGUGCUCGCAGCAAACCCAAAAUUGUUACUACAAAAGCUGCAGUUCCUGGGAGACCUGAUCUUUUUGUUCAUCGGACUUCAGAGGGUAGCCUCCUUGUAGAAUGGAAACCACCAAGGGAGUCUGAGGAACAUGUCCUUGGAUAUCGGCUUCAAUUUGGACGCCAAGAUGCUAUUCUUUCUACAUUAGAGUUUGGAGGACUAGAAAAAAAGUACCUUGCCACAAAUAUUCAUAAAGGAGCCACAUACAUUUUUAAAAUGGCGGUAAAAGGCCAGGUGGGCUUUAGUGAGGAAGCUGUUAAAGAGUUCAUUCUUCCGGAAGAUACACCCAAAGGUUUUCCUCAGUUAAUUGAAAGAGCAAAUGUCACAUCCAUGUCUAUCCAAUUGAACUGGUUGCCUCCAGUCCUUUCAGAACGGAAUGGUGUUAUAUCUAAAUACACUAUAGCCUAUCGGGUAGCUGGCUCUUCAGAAAAACCCUGGGAAAUGGACCUGCCAUCCUCAGACAGUUCUUUCAUUUUGACUGAUCUCAACCCAAACACUGUUUAUGAAGUUAAAAUACGCGCACACACGAGUAAAGGUCCUGGCCCUUACAGUCCAACAGUCCAGUACCGCACUUUUCUUUUGGAUCAAGUUUUGCCAAAGAAUUUCAAAGUCAAGAUGGUCACAAAGACUUCAGUCCUACUUGGUUGGGAAUUUCCUGAGAACUACACUUCAUUGAUGCUAUACAAAAUUCAGUACAAUAUCCAGACGGUGGAGGUUGAUGGAAGAACCACAAAGAAAUUAAUCACUAAUCUCAAACCCAAAACAUAUUAUAACUUUAUCCUCACCAACCGUGGGAACACUAUGGGUGGUCUUCAGCAAACUGUUGCUGCUCGCACUGCUCCUAAUAUGUUGGGUCAGAAACCCAUGGUAACCAGAAAACCUGAUCCAGAUGGUAGCAUCACAGUUCUACUUCCAGAAGUAGAAACAUCUGAACCAGUCAGGAUCUAUUAUAUUGUUGUUGUGCCUUUGAAAAAAUCUCGUGAUCAUUUCUUAAACCCCUGGGGGAGCCCUGAAGAAAUGGACCUAGAAAAUCUGAUACAGAGCAUUCCGAAGGUUCAUCAUCGCAGUCUUCGCCAUUUGUUGCAUUUGGAGUUUCCCAAACCUUAUAUUGCUGCUGGCUUUCAUACGCUUCCUGGUCAUUUUACUCUUGGAGAUCAAAAGAUUUAUGAUGGCUUUGAGAACAAAGCUUUGGAAAUUGGACAGAGAUAUGUUUUCUUCAUACUGGCUAUGUUGGAAGGUGCAGAAGCGAAGAUGUUUGCUGCAAGUCCGUAUUCUGAUCCCAUUCAGCUAGAUGAUCCGGACCCUCAGCCAAUCAUUGAUGGAGAAGAAGGUCUCAUAUGGGUUAUUGGACCUGUUCUUGCAGUUGUGUUUAUCAUAUGUAUUGUCAUUGCAAUUCUUCUCUACAAAAACAAACCAGACAGCAAAAGGAAGAAUUCAGAUCCCCGAACAAAAUGUUUACUGAAUAACGCAGAAAUUCCACCCCACCACCCUACUGAUCCUGUGGAAAUGAGACGUAUUAACUUUCAAACUCCAGAUUCUGGUCUCAGCAGUCCCCCCAGUGACCAUGAGUUUGACUUUGAAAGUAUGCUUAAUCAUCCACCUAUCCCAAUUGCUGAUCUUGCUGAACACACUGAGCAUCUGAAGGCAAAUGAUAACCUUAAGUUAUCUCAGGAGUAUGAGUCUGUUGACCCUGGGCAACAGUUCACCUGGGAGCACUCAAAUCUUGAAGUAAACAAGGCCAAAAAUCGUUAUGCUAAUGUUAUUGCCUAUGAUCACUCUCGAGUUAUCCUCCUUCCAGUGGAAGGAAUUAUUGGCAGUGACUAUAUUAAUGCCAAUUAUAUUGAUGGCUAUCGAAAACAGAAUGCAUAUAUAGCAACACAGGGAGCACUUCCUGAGACGUUUGGAGAUUUCUGGCGUAUGGUUUGGGAGCAACGUUCUGCUACAGUCGUCAUGAUGACAAAAUUGGAGGAAAAAUCCAGGGUAAAAUGUGACCAGUACUGGCCAAGUCGAGGAACAGAGACAUACGGAAUGAUUCAAGUAACCCUGCUGGACACUAUUGAGCUAGCAACAUUCUGUGUUCGAACCUUUUCUUUACAUAAGAGUGGCUCAAGUGAAAAAAGAGAGGUACGUCAGUUUCAGUUUACUGCAUGGCCUGACCACGGAGUGCCAGAAUAUCCAACACCAUUUCUUGCAUUUCUGAGAAGAGUAAAAACAUGCAAUCCCCCUGAUGCUGGGCCAAUUGUCGUGCACUGCAGUGCUGGAGUGGGGCGGACUGGUUGCUUUAUUGUUAUUGAUGCAAUGUUGGAGAGAAUAAAACAUGAAAAGACAGUUGAUAUCUAUGGGCACGUGACACUGAUGCGAUCACAGAGGAAUUAUAUGGUGCAAACAGAGGAUCAGUACAGCUUCAUCCAUGAUGCCUUGCUAGAGGCUGUGGCCUGUGGAAAUACUGAGGUGCCAGCACGAAAUCUGUAUACAUAUAUCCAAAAUCUAGCUCAGAUUGAUGUGGGUGAACAUGUUAUAGGAAUGGAACUGGAAUUCAAGCGACUUGCCAAUUCAAAAGCUCACACAUCCAGAUUCAUCAGUGCAAACCUUCCUUGCAACAAGUUUAAAAAUCGCCUUGUUAAUAUCAUGCCAUAUGAAACUACACGUGUUUGCCUUCAGCCAAUCAGAGGUGUGGAAGGAUCAGACUAUAUCAAUGCAAGCUUCAUUGAUGGAUACAGGCAGCAAAAAGCAUACAUUGCAACUCAAGGACCACUUGCUGAAACCACAGAAGAUUUUUGGAGAAUGCUUUGGGAAAAUAAUUCAACUAUUGUUGUGAUGCUAACAAAACUUAGAGAAAUGGGACGAGAAAAGUGCCACCAAUACUGGCCAGCAGAACGUUCAGCUCGAUAUCAAUACUUUGUAGUGGAUCCAAUGGCUGAAUACAACAUGCCCCAGUAUAUCCUUAGGGAAUUUAAGGUCACCGAUGCCAGGGAUGGUCAGUCUCGCACGGUACGUCAGUUUCAGUUCACAGAUUGGCCUGAACAAGGAGUGCCAAAAUCAGGAGAAGGUUUCAUUGACUUUAUUGGACAAGUGCACAAGACAAAGGAGCAGUUUGGCCAGGAUGGCCCCAUAUCUGUACAUUGCAGUGCUGGAGUUGGAAGGACUGGGGUAUUCAUUACUCUAAGCAUAGUACUGGAGAGAAUGCGUUAUGAAGGUGUUGUAGACAUUUUUCAGACAGUGAAGAUGCUGAGGACACAAAGACCAGCUAUGGUGCAGACAGAGGAUGAAUACCAGUUUUGCUAUCAAGCUGCUCUGGAGUACUUGGGCAGCUUUGAUCACUAUGCAACAUAAGAAGCCAUUGAUCGGCAGAUACUGCCAACCACUAAAGUCCAGUGCAGCCUCUGCUGACUCUUUAAAAGAGCCUGAAUAUAAAUCCAAAACAAGAAUUUCUGCACCAGGGGAGCAAGGGUGAAAAAAAUUAUUAAGACUCAACAUUGGAACACCUUGGUGUUAAGAAAUUUUUCAGGACUUGCAAGGUCAAAUUUGUUUCAAGCUGCUUGUGUGCUAAUAAGCAGUGUUCUUACCUUGGACUUGUUGAAGUGUUUCAAGCUGAUCUUAAUAUCUCAUGUAUGGAAAAAGGGAAGUGGAGACAUUCUGUUGUGUUCUAGAGGUUUAUUUUAUUUUAUAUAUUUAAAGUUUCAAGUUUAAUCAAGUUCUAUAACGAAGCAGUGCCAUGCUAACUAGCAGUUAGGCAGGUUAAAAUAGAGUUAAUAGGGUGAUAGACGUGUGUCUUUUUUCAACCUAACUUACUAUGUUAUAUUGUCUUAAUCUUACAAGAAUCCUUCAUAACAGGCCACUAGUGCAAACUAGGGUACAGAUUCGCUAACACUAAUUGUUCUGAGCUCAGAAUACUUUUGCAACAUUCCUUACAUUUCCAUUCGGCUUUCCCCCCCCCCAAGAUCAUUUGCUAAAGUUCAUACCCCUUACUUUUUAGAAUUCUGAGGUAUAUGAGAUAUACGUAUGUACUGUAUCAUAAUGACAUUCAAUAGGAUUGGAACAAGAAUCUACCUUGUGAAACAAACUUUCAUAUAUUCUCUGACUGUCUCAUUCUGCAUUUCUCUACCCACGGAUGCAGUCCAGAAUCCAAGUGCUGCUUGUAUAAUAAUUAUCCAUAAAGAUGUUUUGACUGUAUGCCAGUAGCUUGAUUUAUAGCUUUGUUGUAUCUGUGUCCAAGUGAAAUUAACACUAGUCCAGGUUUUUAUACUGUAUUACCUGAACCCUCUUUUUUAACAAAUUGUCAAUGAGAUUAAGAGAAAUGUGGUACUGCUCAUUUUCUGUUCAAAGACGGUCUAUUUUUUCACUGUAGAGAUGUUUAUGUGAUACCUACCAUGUAUACAGUUUUAGCUUCUCCUCAUCAUAAUGAUUUUGUUCUGCUAGAAAGAGUUGACCAAUCAGAAGUUUUCAGCUUUUUUUCAGUUAGCUGUCAUGAUUUUAACAGUGGUAACAUCCCUUUUGCUAAGGGAGCAAAUAGCGGUGAGGGUGGGGACAUGCUAUUUUAUUACAGAAAUAAAUUAUCUAGACAGAACAGAUGUCUAUUUUCAUUAUACCUUAGGGAGGGCCGUUUGCUGGGGACAAAAAAACUGAAAAGUAAUUUACACAGCACCUUGCCCUACAGGGGUCUACUUUUGUGUUAUAUUUGUUCUUAGCAUUUUGUUAAGCCUUUGAUACAGUUUAAAGGGCAAAUAAAAACUACAAUAAAGAACAUGUAUACAAAUUAUGGGAUGUAUUAUCUAGAAUGUGUUAUCUUAUGACUUGGGGAAUUCCAGAUAAAGAAUUUUUUUGAAAUUUGGAAUGCCAUACCUUAUGGCUACUAAAAAAGCUAAAAAAAAAAGCUAAAAUCUGUCAAAAUCUAAGGUGUGUUUAAAUGUAAUUCUGGUGGAAAUAAAUCCUAUCAUAAUGUUGAGAAAACAGAGGCAAAAUAUUUGUGGAUAAUUGCCAUAGAAUUGUUUCAUUGUGUUGGAUUCCUUACCAGUAAAUUAUAACAUGGCUACUUCUAAAACGUGAAAUUAAAACUAUGACCUCCUAGAAGCUGUAUAUUUUUUUGUAAAGAGUGAAGCGCAAACUGUUGCCGCUUUCCAACUGUAUUUGGAAUCAAAAUGUGGUUUAUAAACCGUAGUGUAUGUAGAUAUAUAACCUUUUUAUUCAAGAAAGACUGAAAGACAAAGACGCCUUUUUUUAAUAUUGGUUCUCAACUUUUGGGGGUUUACUAUAACUGUGGGCCUAAAUUAAAACUUGAGCAUGGGCAAACUGAAGUAGAUUGAGCUUUCUGGCAUUUAUUGACAUUUUUGGAACAGUUUAAAUAAGGCAUUUAGAAACUAUCCAUAUAUAGUUUUUAGAUACACAUUUUGCUGUUGAAGAUUUUAGCUAACUGUCAAAAUUAUACCUUAAAGUAUAAUUCUAAAAAUUGUGUUCAGAAUUAAGAAGGUCACUCACAGAAGAAAAAGUAAACAUGGGUGCUCCUACCAAAAUAGACUGUUAAGCAUAACAAAAAAAUCAACUUGCUAAAAUCAAAUUGUGCACCUGAAAUGUAAUAUCAUAUAAUAUUAUCAUUUUAUUUUUAGAGAAUGUAACUGAAAAAAUGAAGGACAAAAAAGGAAUAAAGUGAUUUUAAAGUUCAUAUUCAAAUGCUGCAGUGCUCACAUCUGGUACAUAUGAAGAUAACAACACGUGUCCUUCCUAAACCAUUUCAUUAAAUAAAGCCACACCAGCUCAGCUUCAAAGAAUACAGCAUUAUAUCUGAUUAAGUGGUACAUAAAAGAUGAGGGGUCAUUUAUGAACACAAGUCACCAUGUUUUUCACACUUUGCACCCUGGCCCACCUUGAGUUCCCACAGACACAGGUCCUUGUGCUUCCGAAAAGGCUUCUGAAUUUGGCAGUGCUGUAUUCAUCAGGGGUGGGCAUGUAGGUUACACAAUACCGCUCCCUAACUUGAAAAUCAUUCAGAUGGCAACAAGUAAGUACAAAACAUUCUUGUGUGUGGGCCUACUCUUGUUGGAAGUGCAUAGAGGAUUUGUAUAUGACAAGUGAGUUUUAUACAUGUAAGCCUUGCAGAUAGCUGCUUAUAAAUGUACAAUAUGCAUGCUAAUAUCCUUGGUUCAUACAUUGUUUUAUAAUUGUUUAUGGUUAUCGUGUUCCAGCUCAGGGAGUAGAAAUGCUAUAGAUCCAGGAAAUUGUGAGCUGUUGUAUGCAAAUAAGCUAAAUCCUGCUUUUAGGGCUUCCAAGCCAUUCCAAGGAAAUUGCAGUAGAGCUCUGAAUAUAGGCAUCAUAUGGUUCGCUAAUGCUGUGUGCCACAACCUGUGUGUUUUGUAUGAUGAUUUAGUGGUGUUCCAUGGGCUACAUACGUUACACUAAUCCUGUAGCUGGUGCUUAUGUUUGAAUGAUAAUAAACCUUUUUAUAAAAUGUACAAUUGAGCAAGGUGCUUUUCUAAGCAGUUUUACAAUGUACAAUUAUUUCUUGUUUUCAGUUUCAAAGCUAUUUUUAACUGGCAAAAUAAUGAAUUUUAUAACAACAGCUCCACCUGCUGAUCUGUUCUUCUGACUGUCCAAAACAAACUGUGUUUGUUGCUCUGCUCAGAAAAGGAAUAACAUUUUUUCAUCACCUUUCUGAACAGAGCAACAUCAGAACACUUUUCUGUUUUCUUUCUGAAAGUAUAUCUCACUGGCUAAACAGUUACAGAAACUGACCAGCCAGUGGUGGUGGUGUUGCAAAAUUAAUUAAAUUGCCAGUUAAUACUCAAAUAGCCCUGAAACUGAAUAAGAUAAAUAAUUAAUACAAAGUACAAAAUAGUUUAGAAAAGCACCUUGAGCAAUUUUACAUAAUUGUUUUUAUGGUUUAAUUAUCCUUUCAGUUUUGGAACUAGUUGCACCUCAGUCUGCAAAUUGGAACAAAAAUACAUGGCACCUAUUUCAUUUUUGCAAAUGAGCCCUGCAAAGUCCCACAAAAAGUACUUUUUGACUACUUAAUAAGAUUUUUGCAGCAGGUCAUGUGAGCACUACUGAACAAAUAUUCUAGCAAAAAUGUAACCUAGUAAAAUUGAAAUUGCACUUGACAGUACAUUUAAUAUAUUAAAUUUACUUUUUGUGGUGAA